AGGUCUUGGUGAGGUGCAGCCAUUUCAUCCAUCCUCGGUCUGCGCCUUUCGCAGAGCUUCCAGCAGCGCUAUGUUGGGCCACAGCAUCCGGAGGUUCACAACCUCUGUGGUCCGUAGGAGCCACUAUGAGGAGGGCCCUGGGAAGAAUUUGCCAUUUUCAGUGGAAAACAAGUGGGCGUUACUAGUUAAGAUGUGUUUGUUCUUUGGAUCUGCAUUUUCUGUACCCUUCCUUAUAGUAAGACACCAACUGCUUAAACAAUAAGGAUGUUU